UAAGUCCGUAUUCUAAUUCUGAAAUACACGUGCUGUGAGAUUUGGUUGAAAAACUAGUAAUGAAAAAGGCAUAAUGGUAAAAUUGUUCCACAAUCCGGACAGAAACCUGGUGCAAUUGAAAAUGAACCAGAUUCCUUUUUAAACUCCAUUUUUGGCAAAAAACAUUCCGUUAGAAGUAAUUAAGAAAUACAUUUAACAAUGGUAUCAGCAAUGAGACUUUUUCAAGUUCUAAGUAGUUUCGUUGCAGGAAUUACUUUGAUGCGACCAGUAAACGGUUUAGGGAGGGGUGCCAAAUCGUUUAUUAUGACCAAUAUGAACGCCAAAAACGUGAUCAGAGAGUUUGAAUUCUACGCAAGUGUUGCGGAGGAGGAUCAUAAGAAUAUUAUUAUGCAGGAAACAAUGACCUUGUUCGAUUUCAAAACUCUCAAGAAUGUCGACAAUUGGAUGGAAAUUUCGGACACUGUCAGAACUGUUGGGAAAUCAAAAGCUACAUUGGUUUUGCAAAAAACUCAGGUCUUUCAAAGGGCUGUUCUUUUUACUCUUCUAAAUCCACAACCAAAUGGAGCAGGAUUCGCUGGCGUUAGAACUCCAACCAACUUGAAUCUAUCAUCUUUUAAACAUAUUGCGAUUACUUGCAGAGGACAGGGAGAAAAUGAGCACUAUAAAGUGGUUUUGAGACAUAAUGAUCUAGAAACCAAUGAGGAUAUUUCUUACGAGCAAUUUUUUACAGCACCGAUGUCAAGCGAGAAGUUUUCAACUAUAUCGAUGUCCCUGGAAAACUUCAAAGCUUACUUUCGUGGUCGCGAAGUUGAGGAUGCGACACCCCUUAAUACCUCGAACGUAACAAUGUUUGGCUUGCAAGUUUACGGAGGGGUGUACUUGCCCAUUAAGCAAAAAGGAGUGUCUGCUCUGGAAAUAGAGACCAUUGUUGCAACUUCUUAAGGCCAAAAGUUUCUAUAUUUAAACUUAAAAUCUAUCUAGAUUUCGAAAAGGAUAUCAAGAAUGUGUUUUAAUUCCUUCGGCAAUUAUAAAUAGCAUUUUUAAUUUUUGAAGCAAAUGUGAGAAGUUUAUUUUGUAAGUCACUCUGUAAUAUUAAGUUUAUCUCUGUGGUUAUGAGACCGACUGUCUGAAAUUAUAUUAAGUGCAAAUUA